AUGACUACAAGAAAUCCUUCACAAACUACUUCGAAGCUUCAAGCAAAAAACAAAAAAGAAUCCAUUUAUGCAGCAUUAUUUUCGCCUUAUCAAUCGCCGUACAAGUAUCAAAUUUAUUUUAUUAAUCAAUCAACCUCAUCUCAAGAUCUUGAUUAUUUAAUCGAUAUUGUUCAAACUUCGACUGAUUUUAUUAUUGAUACCGAAUCGGCGUUUAAAUCAAAUAUUCCAGCAUUAAUCCAAAUAUAUUUUCUUCAAUCAACUCGUAUUCAAUCACCAUUAUUAUUAGUAGAGAUACAACAUCUACCUCAUUAUUCAACCGCAUUGUUUUCACAAUUAAAAAAACUAUUUUAUUGUAUUUUCAACGUUAAAUCACAUUUUUAUUCAUGGGGUCCAUUAACUAAUGAAUUACGUUCCUUUUCUUCGUGUUUACUCUUUACAUUUCCUCUUUAUGUAAUUACUCAUGACCUUCAAAGUCAAUUUAAAACUUGGUUUAAUACUUGGAUUACAUCUUAUGAUUCAACAUCUAUCAACGAAUCAAUUACAACCGACGACGUUGUAAUCAUAAAUGCCCCAACAUAUGAUCCUCAUUUACUAUUACCAACGUCCUUAAUGAAUAAAAAGAAGUUUAACUCACAUGAAAGUUGGAGUUUACAACAUGCGGUACUGUACACGUUUGGUUUACAUCUAUCAAAACGUGAAACCUUACGUCAAUGGGAUAUUGGCUUGGAUAUUAAUUUACCUACAUGUGAUCACUCAUUUUCAAUCAAUUAUCGUCAAAAAUUAAUUAAUUAUGCUUGUCUUGAUUGUGUUUCGGUAGCACAUAUUAAUUUGUUUAUGCAUCAAUCUGAACUUCCACUUGAUCUUACUUUUGUAAAAGAGCAAAUUAUUACAGGCGAGUAUUUUGUUUCAACUAAAUCAAAUGUUGCUUCAGAUAUAUUUCAGCUCGAUGAUGCUUGUUCUUCAUCUUCGUUUGAACAAAUCGACGCACAGGUUAUGGCCGUUCAUGUUCCAAAUGAUCGCCAUCAAUCUAUGCCUUUAAUUACGUCUAUGGAUUCUCAACAUUUAGUAUCAGUAUCUCCACUUGAAUCAACACCUGAUGAAAUUAUUACCAAUUUGAAUAGUCAAUCAGUUGAAUGUUCUCCUCAUAAACGAUCAAACAAUGCUAAACGUAGGAAAAAUCAAAAGUCUAGUCUCCGACAUCGUCGCAAGAGAUACCAUCAUGAGAUCAUACGUCCCGCCAAUAUGAAAAUUACAUCCAUUAAACAACUGUUACGUAAAAAUCAUAUUAAAUAUUUAAAUAUCCACGUUGUGCAUUCAACUCUUUUUAUCGGCGUCAAAUCAGAUGGCUUUAAGCAAUUAUAUGAACAAAUAAUACCGGCCGAUAUGUUUGUUUAG